AUGUCGAACCUUUCUUCCGAAUUCCGCAAAUACGAGGCUGACGAUCUCGAAGCUCUCAUGGGUGAAGGGUCCGGACCCCAGAUUCAAACCGGAGAUGGGUUUGAUCUUCACCCCCAGAGUGAAUCAACUAUCGAUUCUCUCAACGAUCUUCGUAGAUUAUGUCUCAUCCCUCCUGAGGUAGAGAUGGUAGUCCCGGCGCCCUUCGAGUCUCCGGAGUCGGGGCAAGAAGGUCCUCAGGUUCGACCAGUUCCAUCCAUCGAUUUUCUCAAUUUUUACAAGGCCGUCUUGGAGAGGCCAGUUAAUUGGAAUUCUUUUACUCUGGAAAUAAGUCACAGCGCCGGGUUUUCUGUCAGAAUGACACUUACUCGCCCCGUCGACCCUCCUCCUGCUGAGAUUGAUCUCUCGAGUCUAAAUGCCCGAGACAGGAGAAAGAUCAAAGAGGCAAACAAAAAGGUUAAAGAUCAGAUUUCUCUAGUCGGGAAAAACAAGAAAAAUGCAACUUCCACCGGGGACGACAAAGUCUACCGGAAAACUCUCCUUGUUGACGAUGGAUCUCUUGAAGGUUCAAAGUCAAUGGCGGUCGCUGUGAACAGCGCUCCCUCCCCCAUCCCAGCAGCAGACAACGUGGUCGCUGCCACCGCUGAGGAAGAAUUCCUUACAGGUGAUUUUUCUCUCAUGAAAAAGAGGAAGGCCGAGGAACUUGAACCCCUGCUCCAGGGGCGUCCCAAAAACACAAGGAAGGGCAGAAACGCUUCUUCGAAUCUGCCUAUUCCUGAAUCUGCUGAAACUCAGGAUGUAAAUCCUGAUUCAGGAAUCGUUUUAAAAGAGCUGCUGGGUUUGGAGAUGUUACCCCCUAGACUACCCCGAGGCAAUACUUCUAGGGUUCGAUCGUCUCUGAGCUCGGGACUUGUUGCCAGAGCUUCAUCCCAAUCAGACAAAGAGAAGAUUGGGAACAUGUUUAGGUGCUUCCACACCCGCUUUGGGAAGAAACUCCCAUCCUUUGAGUGGUGGAAGCCUGAUAUCAAGAAGAUUCAGCUCGUGCAAGAGACUGUUGGACUUGAUGCGGCUCGCCAGGAGAAAAUCGAACAACUCGAGAGAUCUGGCGAGGAGACAAGGAAGAUUUUAAUCGAAACCAAACAGAGACUAGAGACUGCCCUUGCUAACCAUAACCUCGCAAAGGGCGAGAUUGAGCUUCUGAGAUCAGAGCUUGACAGGGUUAAAACAGCUACUGAGGAGCUCAAACGCAAAAAUGAAUCUCUUUCCGAACUCAAAGAUCGAGAUGUUCGCAAAAUAUCUCACGAUGCUCGGAAAGAGGUUAAAGGAGCUGGGCAAAAGUUUCUCCUUGCUGUGCAGGAAUUUAUUACUGCAGAUAAAGCUUGGAACAAACUUAACUCCGAACGUGAUGAGAUGAAGAGCAAUCUCGAUUUGAUCAAGGAGAUAGAGGACGGAAAGGUCAACUUGGCUGAAGAAAAGGAAACAGUUGGCGCUGAGCUUGCUGAGACUGAAGCUAAGCUAGCUACUGCUCCUCAGCCGUAUUUGAAUUUGCAGCAGUUUGCUUCUGAGUUCGCCGAUUCCCCUCCACCGACUGGACCAAGUAUUGGGUUCUCUGGUCAGAAUCCUGCCACCUCCUCGGUUAUGGGAGACGACCCUGAAUCGAAGAGCGAACCCCCUCGGGAUGUUAGCUCGCUCAUUCCCGAGGUGGUUCCCACAACUCAAGACGCUGACGUUGGGGGUACUCUCGUCUUAAGCCAAGUAGGAGAUGAAGGCGGUUCGCCUAUGAAUGAAUGA